AUGGCGGCAAUUAGCUUAUCAGUGAUCGAUAAGAACAACAAACCACUCUACGUUCGAGAGUUUGACCAGACUCUGUCAGCAGACCUAUUGUCAGAAGAGCAACUCUUUGGUUUUCACUCAAUUGAACCGAACAAAGAGGCCGUGGUUAGUAAUUCGAUGACAUGUUCUCCGCGACAUCAAUUCGUAAUGCAUGCUGCUCUCGAUAAAUUUGACCAGCUAGCAGGCCCUAUACCGGGAUAUGGUUGGCGGAAACCAGGCUUAAACCAGGAUACUCCUUGUGGUCGAAGACGAUGCGGUGCCAGAGAUGCAGCUAUCAAUCGACAAUGA